AGUUAUACUUGGUAUAGUUCCUGAUCUUAUACGUCUUCGAAGAAAAACACUGUUCUGUUCUCAUACAAACUAACAAAGCAAUAUGAAGCUGCUGGAAAAUUCAAAGUUUGAGGCGUUGAAUAUGGCGUUAUCUACACAGGCAAAUGAUCAGAGCAGGAUAGAUGGCAGGGUUGAGAGCUACUCCUGCAAGAUGGCAGGUAAUGACAAGAAGCUGUUCAAAAUGAUACAGUCUGAGGAUGGUCUAGCCCCCAAUGACCUGCAGGCCUUGUCGCCUCCACAAAGCACUUUAUCACUCAGUCCAUCAAGAGCAUACAGCCGCAGUUUUAGUGAUGAAGAUAAGAGCCCCCUAUGUGACACAAUCAGUACUAAAACUCUGUUCUAUCUGAUUGGCACCCUCAAUGCAUCAUUCAACCCUGACUAUGAUUUCAGUAGAGCCAAAAGUUCAGAAUUCAGCAAAGAGCCCAGUGUACAGUGGGUGGUGAACUCCAUAGAUAAUCAACUGUUUGCCACAGGGGGUGAAUCAUUUAACACCCUCAAGCCGCAGUUCUGGGCCACACUGGAUGAGGAAAUCUCAUUAGUGGAAUGCGACGUGUAUAGUUACAACCCUGACUUGGCGUCUGAUCCUUAUGGGGAAGAUGGCUCCAUAUGGGCUUUCAACUAUUUCUUCUACAACAAAAAAAUGAAGCGAAUUGUUUUCUUCACAUGCAGGGCUUCCAGUGCCCUCUCUAACUAUUCUGACAGUGGGCUGGGGAAUGAUCUAAGCAUGGACAUGGAGGAUGAUGAUUGCAUAGAGGAAGAUGUUUAUUAGACGACAAAGAAUAAUGCUAUAUGGCUAUAUUAGGGGCAAAUGUACCAUGUACACCUGUUAUGUGAAAACAUUUCAUCAACAUCUUUGUGCACCAAAUAUGAUCUACAUCUGUGGCAAGAAGUUAGCAUCUGCAGCUGUAGAAAGUAUGGAUACAGUGUAUGCAGUUUAGGGGAAAACAAAACUACAGCUGUAUAGGAGAAAUAUCAAUCACAUUUAUGUGUGUGGCCCAUGAUUUAGAGCUGCAUAUGAUCCAGAUGGCCCUGUUUGUUAUUGUUAUACAUAGAUGUAGUUAAAACGUGUCAAUGUUAGAGUUGCUCUGUAUAUAGCAUCUUUUUCACCUUUCAGCUGUUAACACAGUCUCUAUAGCAACUCGAUGUAUGUAAAGGGAGUACUAAGCUUGUAUUAGGUUGCUAUGGUGAUAAUUAAACUUACUUAUGGAUGAGUGGAUGAGUAUGAUAAGAUUGUUAAUCUUAAAAAGAGGCUGUAACAAUAUUAAUGUAUUGUGCAAUGUAUUGUUAUUGACAU